AUGCGCUCCACCUUCGCCCUCGCCCUCGGCGCCCUCCUCUCCACCGCCCUCGCAAAGACCGACCUCGACGGCUGCACCUCCUCCGCAACAGUCAAGUACGGCGGCGCGUCCUUGAUCUGGUACGUCCCCGACACGGGCGAGAUCUGCGACUUCCUCGACUGCGGCGGCGGCCGCGCUCCGCCCAAGCACUCCGUCCCCGGCUGCGCCGCCUACACGGGCACGGACUCGUACACGCCAGAGUAUCUCCCGGGCUGGGGCCCGAACGGCCAGAUUGCGCCGUCCACGACGGCAGAGGCGGCGCAGAGCACUGGCGGCGGGGCUCGCAACUCGGAGGUGCUGCCGACUGGCGCCGGGGAGACGGCGGAUGUCAGGCCGACGGAGGGGAGCAGUGUGGAGAGCUUGCCGUCGGCUACUGGGAACCCGGAGCCGUCGGUUGUUUCGGAGAGGCCUAGUACGCUGAUUACGGCGGCGCCGAGCCCGACUGUUGUCUCGCAGACGCCGUCGUCUGUGGCGACUCCUCCUGCGUCGACGGGUGGGGCUGCAGUGGUUGGCAAGAAUGUCGUUGGAGUUCUGGUUGGUGCUGCUGCUGCUGCUGCUGCUAUGCUCUAG